CCUCUCACCUGGAGAAUGAAAGUACCUGCUCAUCGGACGACCUUCCACAGCUGACACUGAAUCAGAAGGUCUACGUGUCCCAGAAAGUGGUGGAGGCAACACGCCAAAGUCUGGAGGAGCUCAAGCAGCACCACCAGUCACUUCAAACCAACUUCAAGGUUAUGUCAAAAGAAGCUGAAAUGCGUUUAGCAAGGAUUAAAAAAGAAAGGAGUGAUUUUGAGCGCCGAAUACAGUCCAAGGCAAUAAAUGAGCUGUCAGCGAUGGAGACAAAGAAGGUGCUGCAAAGCAUUUUUGGCAACACAAAGAGCAGUCAGUUGGUGAAGCUUGUUGGCUACAACCAAGUGCUGAAGGACAAGAGGAGGAAGCUGUUGAUGCAGCUACAGCGUCCAGACAAAGAGGACCAUUUCCAGGACCAGAGGGAAGAGAACGUUGACAGAAACUCAGAUGAACUCCAAAUCAAGUAUUCAAAAAUACAACAUAACCUCAAUUCACACAAGGAUAAACUGCAGAGUGUCCUACACCAGUCAGCAGAGCUGAGCCAUGUCAUAGCUAAAAAAGAGAAGCAGCUCAGAAAGGUGGAGGACGACUUAAAAUCAGCUGAGGAGGUCUGUGAGCGUCAGAAGGAGGAAGAUCUUGUCAAACUGCUGAGCCGCCAGGUGAACGAGUCACUGCCUUUGGAUGUCACACAUUACAUCCAGGUGAAGGAGAAGAAAAGGAGCCUGCUGAACAGCAUCCGCGCCUGGGAGCGGAAGGUCCGAGUCGCUGAGGAGACCCGGAAGGAACUGAAAUAUACUGAGAGAGCAGCUCUGGACUUGGACGGAUAAAGUCAUGUGACGCCUUGAUGAGAUGGAAAAUCAUGUGAACUUCAA